GAACCUCCAGGGAAGUGAAAACACCUGCUGAGGUCUCCAAGCGAAUGGUCCAGAAACUCAAAGGCAAGAAUGAGUUCACUGUGCUGGCAACACUCAAACAGGAUCAUCUCAACUCUGGAGUCAUCUUUUCCAUCCAUCAUUCUGAGCACAGGUUCCUGGAGCUGGAGAGCAGUGGACAGCGCAGCGAGGUGCGCCUUCAUUAUCGUACCAGAAGCCACCAGGACCACACUGAGGUGUUCCCUUACAGCUUGGCUGAUGACCAGUGGCACAAGAUUUCAGUGGCCGUCAGCGCCUCUCACGUCAUACUACAUGUUGACUGCAACAGGAUCUACGAGCGGGUGGUGGAAGCUCCCUACAUGGACAUACCCGAGGACACAUCCUUGUGGCUCGGACAGAGAAACGCUGCUCAUGGCUUCUUUAAGGGGGUGAUGCAGGAUGUGGAGAUCCUGGUGAUGCCACAGGGCUACAUCUCUCAGUGUCCAGAUCUGAACAGAACAUGUCCGACCUGCAAUGACUUCCAUGGACUUGUGCAGAAAAUCAUGGAACUGCAGGAUGUCCUCGCCAAGACUUCAAGCAAGCUGUCCAGGGCUGAGGAGAAGAUGAAUGGACUGGAUGGCUGCUAUUGUGAGCGAACCUGCAGCGUCAAGGGGGUCGUCUACCGGGAGGACGAGGGCUGGACAGAUGGCUGCAGGAACUGCACAUGCACGAACGGCACGGUGCAGUGUGACGCCAUCUCCUGCCCUCCCCCUCAGUGCCCAGCAGGCACAGCGCCGGCCUACGUAAAGGGUGCCUGCUGCAAGGAGUGCCUGCCCGUCUGUUUGUUUGGUGGAAGAGACUUGGUGGAAGGAGAUCAGAAGGCUGUGCGUGACUCCUCUGGCAGGUGUUUGCUCUUUGAAUGCAGGGACAGGAGCAUGCAUCGAGUGGUCCAGAGUGAGCCUUGUCCUGAACUCAACUGCCCUGAGUCGGAGCAGAUCGCUUUGAGCAGCAGAUGUUGUAAAGUCUGCAGAGGUCAUGACUUCUGCUCGGAGGGCCACGGCUGUGUGGAGCACUCCGACUGCGUGAACCUGGAGGCAGGAGACUGCUGUGUUUGUAAGGAUGGCUUCCACCCACUGCGAGAUGAUAACGCCUACUGUGAAGAUAUUGAUGAGUGUGCUGAAGGGAAACACUACUGCAGAGAGAACACCAUGUGUGUUAACACUCCUGGUUCAUUCAUGUGCAUUUGCCACACCGGCUACAUCAGGAUCGAUGACUAUUCCUGCACAGAGCAUGACGAGUGCCUCAGUGGACUGCACAACUGCAAUGAGAACGCUUUGUGCUUCAACAUGGUGGGAGGCCACAGCUGCUCCUGUAAGCCGGGCUACACAGGCAAUGGAACGGUCUGUAAAGCCAUGUGUGACGGACUGUGCCAGAAUGGGGGAACCUGUGUGUCACCUAACAACUGUGUUUGCCAGCAAGGAUUUACAGGGGAGAGAUGUGAAACUGACAUCGAUGAGUGUGCUGACGGCUUUGUCGAGUGUGAUGGUAAAUCCACUUGUGUCAACCUGCCCGGCUGGUACCACUGCGAGUGUCGUGACGGUUACCAUGACAACGGCCUGUUUUCGGCCAAUGGGGAAUCAUGUGUGGAUAUUAAUGAAUGCAAGACAGGGAGGAACACCUGUGCCAACGACACAGUGUGCUUCAACCUGGAGGGAGGCUACGACUGCCGGUGCCCCCAUGGGCAUAACUGCACCGGAGACUGUAUCCAUGACAACAAGGUCAAGCACAGCGGGCAGAUCUGGGUGCUGGACAGCGAUAAGUGCUCGGUGUGUUCCUGCCAGGCUGGCCAAGUGAUGUGCCGCAGGAUGGUGUGCGACUGCGACAACCCCAAUGCUGACCUGUUCUGUUGCCCUGAGUGCGACCCCCGCCUGAGCAGCCAGUGCCUGCACCAGAACGGCCUGCUCACCUACGGCAGCGGUGACACAUGGGUGGAGAACUGCCAGCAGUGCCAGUGUCUGCAGGGGCAGGUGGACUGCUGGCCUCUGCCCUGCCCGCCCGUGGACUGUGAGUUCACGGUGGUGCCUGAGGGCGAGUGCUGUCCUCGCUGUGUCACUGACCCCUGCCAAGCUGACACCAUCCGCAACGAUAUCACCAAGACAUGCACAGACGAGCACAACAUCUCACGCUUCAGUGGCUCCUCUUGGAUUAAACACGGCACAGAGUGCACCUUGUGCCAGUGCAAGAAUGGACACAUCUGUUGCUCAGUGGACCCCAUGUGCCUUUAGUCCUGGCAGAUCUGAAGGUACCUGUACAGAGUUCUCCAUGUAAAGAAGACGUCCCACCACCCUUGUGUUUCCUCACCGCCCUCUUCACAGACCUGGGUCAAAUAGUGUUUGCACCGUUGGGGUUGAACCCGAUGACUGGAGGUUAAAGUUCGGGUCACACGCUGUCAAAACUCAGACAUUCUUUAACAUCCAGGUACUUCCCCCACCCCCCACCCCCCCGGGGAUCAUCAACCGUUUUCUAGCUCUUUACUGUAUGUUUUUAAACAGCUAAUCUCACCCAUCAGGUACUUUUUGCACGUUAGUUGUUAAAAGCAACUUGCAGACAGUCUGUGGCCCGCCCCGCCUCUUCCAGUCCUUUAAACCAAAUGCAAACCUGAGUCGUACCAAACAGCUGAUGGACUUCAGUUCUGCUCUCCUUGUCCUGUCCCACUUAGAGAGAUCUGAGGAUCAGCCCCCCACACUCCGAGUCAUCGAUACAUGAAUCUGUAAGAUAUUGAUAUUACUGGCAUGACUGUGCUUGAUGUCCAGACAUUUUUGCUGAUUUCUAUAUUAUAAACGAUGAUAAUGAAACCUUAGAUAGAGUGAAGGCAGUUAGCAUAAGGUUCUGUUGCCACUUUAUGAGUCGUCCGUAUUACGUGGUGCUUCGUUGCAUUCAGUUUUCUUUUUUCUCUUUCUUUUUGUCCCCCCAAGCUUGUUAUAGUG